CGCUGGUUACUACUUAGUGUGUUUCUCUGCUGUUAUGUCUGAAACUGUACCUGCAGCUCCUGCCGGUUCUGUUCCAGCAGCUAUGGAGAGACUUCUAGCCAAGAAGCGAGGGAAAAAGUCAGCUUCCUUGACGGUUGCAAGUCGCAAAGCGACCAACCUCUCCGUGUCCAAGUUGAUCACCGAGGCCCUUUCAAUGUCACAGGAAAGAGUAGGUAUGUCACUGGCUGCGCUCAAGAAGUCACUGGCCGCUGCUGGCUACGACGUGGAGAAGAAUAACAGCCGCAUUAAACUGUCCCUCAAAAGCUUAGUGAACAAAGGAAUCUUGGUGCAAACCAGGGGUACUGGUGCCUCCGGUUCCUUUAGGCUCAGUAAGAAGGUCACUCCUAAGUCUACCAGGAGUAAGGCCAAAAAGUCUACUUCUGCCAAGACCAAGAAGCUGGUUUUAUCCAGGGACUCCAAGUCUCCAGAGACUGCUAAAACCAGUAAGAGAGCCAAGAAGCCGAGGGCAACAGCUCCUAAAAAGGCUGUUAGAAACGGGAGAAAGCCUAAAGGAGCCAAGGGUAAGCAACAGCCGAAGAGCCCAGUGAAGGCAAGGGCUGGAAAGCCAAAACUGACCCCACAACAUAAAAGUAAUGUUAGAAAGGCCACAUCUAAGAAGUAAAGAGCUUUCCAGGAAGCCGAUUGAGAAAGAACACAAAGGCUCUUUUAAGAGC